AUAUUUCUUCAAAUAACAAAGAUAACAAAUCAACAAUGCCUUCUGUUCAAUGGGUCUACGCUAAUGGUUGCAAUUGGGUCACUCUUGAUCCCGUCGCUCAAAAUCAAUGUGAAUGCUUAUGGUCACAUAACUCUUCUAGCUGGAUUCAGAGUAAUUCGUUUACUUCUCCUGUCUAUAUUGAUAUUGGACAAAUGGUUUUAUUGUGUAAUGGUGUUUCUUACAGUAUUGCACGCAGAAGAGCUUAAUUUAAUUAAUCACACCUAAGAACGACACUCCUUUAUUUAUAUGCCCUCUCAAUAGAUCAACUUAUGCGACUUUUAUACCAACUUAUAUACCUUGGAAUGCUCAAUUCACUCAAACCACUCGAUCGUUCCUUUUUUAGAAUUCAAUUUUUCUCUUUUCUGUAUUUAGACGUCUAUUUAUUCUUUUAUAUGAAAUUAUGUAAAUGAACUUUGUACAAAGUAUUGCUUAGCUAAUACAUCAUUGCUGCGCUUAUCCAAUAAAGGAAUUUAAAAUGCAC